AACAAUGGAAUUACAACACAGCCUAAGGCUGCAGCUUUUGGCCCCACCUUUACAAGAGAAAUGCUUGAGAAGCUUCCCUUCAGUGUUUGGAAUUGUCCCACAAAGGAGAAACAAACUGAGAAGUUCUACUCUCUCUUCCUUGAAAUUGAAUAAUUUUGGUCCAUCAGUGCCAAAAUUUUGGAGGUCCCAAUUAAUGGUUCAUGGUCUCAGACAAAAGGGAUCAAAAGUUUCGAAGCUAGAAGAGUUGCUCAAAUUUGGCAAUGGAGAGGAAGAUGAUGGAGAUGAUUCUGAAUCUGAUUCUGAUGGAGGUCAUAAGAGGGACGAUUACUUUCAUAUGGAUGAGGAUGAAAGGCGGGAAUGGAGGAGGAAGAUAAGAGAUGUCAUUAAAAUGUCUCCUGAUGUUGAGGAAGAGGUAGAUCCUGUUGAGAGAAGACAAAAGAUGCAAAAGCUUUUGGCUGAUUACCCUCUUGUUGUUGAUGAGGAAGACCCUGAUUGGCCAGAAGAUGCUGAUGGGCGAGGUUUUAACUUGGAUCAAUUCUUCAAUAAAGUCAGUAUCAAGAAUGUUAAGAAAGAUGACGAUGAAAAUGAUGACGACAAUGAAUUAGUAUGGCAAGAUGAUGAUUAUAUUCGUCCAGUUAAGGACUUGACCACUGCAGAGUGGGAGGAGACUGUCUAUAAGGACAUCAGUCCUCUUAUUGUUCUUGUUCAUAAUCGCUACAAAAGGCCUAAGGAAAAUGAAAUGGUACGGGAUGAAUUGGAGAAGGCUAUCCACAUCAUCUGGAAUUGCAGGCUACCAUCGCCAAGGUGUGUAGCAAUUGAUGCUGUUGUUGAAGUUGACUUGGUGUCUGCUUUGAAAGUCUCUGUUUUUCCCGAGCUCAUCUUCACUAAAGCAGGGAAAAUCUUGUACCGUGAGAAAGUGAGCCGAACAGCAGAUGAGCUGUCCAAAAUGAUGGCGUUCUUCUACUAUGGAGCUGCCAAGCCACCUUGUCUCAGUGGCAUCGAGAAUUCUCAAGAACUAAUACCUACAGUCUGAGCAAGAAAUUAUCAUGGUAGAUGAGUCUUCAGAUCUAUUUAAACUAUGUUUUGAUAGCUUCACCGUAUUCUGAAUUGUCAUGAACGUAAAACAUAUCCUACAGGUGCAACAAUGAGUGUUGGCUGUAUAAUCGGUCACUAAGAUGGCAUCAGUGCUCUUGGUGGUGUUUUACCAGGUGAGAAGAUGAGGUUCAUUUUGCUCUCUUCAACAUUUCAAUAGGUGCAUUGCUCGUUCCUUCAGUCCUUAUGCUAGCGCAGCACCCUUAUUCAGUAUCAAUACAG